AGAUACUGCACACCUGACAGCUAGUUUGCUGGCUGCAUGAUGGAACGAAAAGCACUACAGAAGCGCUUUUAAUUAAUAGAACAACGCGUCGAUCGGUAUUUUAAAAAGAAACUGCCAAUUUAUUACAGGAGCCAUGUCGAAUUCAGAAGCCUUCCAUGUAAACACUCCGCUACUGGAGAGUCUUGACAUGUCUAAAAGGAUUGGGACCACUGUAUACCUGAAGAUGGACAAUGCCCAACCUUCCGGCUCUUUCAAAAUCCGAGGAAUAGGACACCUGUGCAAAAAGGUUGCGGGUCCUGAGUCCAAAGGUGUCGUCUGUUCUUCAGGUGGAAAUGCUGGCAUGGCAACGGCCUAUGUAGCAAGAAAACUCAACAUUCCCGCCACCAUCAUCGUUCCUUCCUCCACGCCUGAGCUGGUGAUCGAGAAGUUAAAGGGCCAGGGAGCUACAGUAAGAGUUGUGGGCAAGGUGUGGGAUGACGCCAACGCCGAGGCACUCCGCUUAGCCCAAACUGAAGGCCUUACCUUUGUCCCACCUUUCGACCACCCUCUACUCUGGCAGGGGCACGCCAGCAUCAUAAGGGAGAUCAAGGCCUGUCUUCUGUCCAAGCCUGGGGCUGUAGUUGUAGCGGUGGGGGGAGGAGGGCUGCUCUGCGGAGUGGUACAGGGCCUGAGGGAGGUGGGCUGGGGCGAUGUUCCCAUAAUCUCCAUGGAGACCAGAGGUGCGGACUCGCUGAACGCAUCAGUGAAGGCAGGGAAGCGAGUCACCCUUCCGGACAUCACUAGUGAGGCAAAAACUCUGGGGGCCAAGACUGUGUGCAGCCAGGCCUUUGAGUACAGCCAGGAGGGCAACAUCAUCUCAGAGGUGGUGACAGACUAUGAAGCCCUGCAGGCCAUUGAAAUCUUUCUAGACGAGGAGCGGGUGCUGGUGGAGCUGGCCUGUGGGGCGGCGCUCGCUGCUGUGUACAGCGGCGUGAUCCAGCGGCUGCAGGACCAGGGGCGUCUGCCCCGCCCGCUGGGCCCCCUGGUGGUUGUGGUGUGCGGCGGGAGCAGCAUCAGCCUGCCUCAGCUGCAGCACUUGAAACAGAAGGUGCAGAGAUGACCGGGAGAAGGCCACCUGGUCCGGAGUGUUCCAUCAUGUGACGCAUCACUGCUUGUGACAGUUAGC